AUGUUGGGGGACCCUAGCGGAGUAUUCGAUAGCGGCCGCGAUGCGAUCGACAAAGAAGAGCAAGAGAAGGAGGCUGACCUCAACCCGACCGACCUGGCUGUUGUGGUCGUAUCGGGUUUGGUUCGCCCUGUUCGCCCAGCAGCAGUGACCAAGCUCUUGACCAAUAGCAGUACCGUACGUAUAGUGAGGGAGUGGACAGAACCCGCGAAGAAGAGCUUUGCGGUGGCCGAGUAUUAUGAUGAGAAUACAGCGAGACGGAUGGGGAAGGCAAUCCAGGAUACUAAAUGGAACCAGGAGCAUAGGCUCAGUGUGGACUUCCUCAGAAGGAGUCAGUUCUCCGAGAUAGCUACUGUUAAAGAGGAGGGGAAGGUCAGUAGAGAGACUCCGGAUAAGUCGCGGAAACGACACAGUGGGUCAACCCUCGACCGGACCCGGGAGAAGGACGAGCGAGCCGUUGAAGAAGAGAUGGCUCAAGAGAAGCAACGUGUGUUGGAUGAACUCAGGAACCAUAAGUUCCUGCCGGCUACGUCUAUUGCUUCUAAUACUACGUUGCUUUGGAUGCCGUGCACGCACAAGCAGACGGAGAAGUUACAAGCCCAGGUUUCUAAAAAUGGCGGUAAAUUCCCGACGAUUCCCGCGCCCAGUGACUACCCCGCGGUGCGAAGUAGUCGAUGAGAGAGAUCAUUGCAAUUUAUUCAGGACAUUGGACGAACAGAG